AUUUGAUAGUUAAAAAUUACAUUCAAUGUCAAAAGAAGAAGAUCAUAGUGAAGUAGAGGAUCAUAUUUUAAGAAGAUUUGAUUUGUAAGAAUAUAAAGGAAAAGGGGCAUAUGGGAUUGUAUGGAAAGCAUACGAUACAAAGACCAAAUAAAUUGUUGCGUUGAAAAAAGUUUAUAGAUUUUAAAUAAGCUAGGUUUUUGAUGCUUUUUAAAAUUCAACAGAUGCUUAAAGAACUUAUAGAGAAGUUGUAUUUUUGAAACAAUUAAAUAAUCAUGAAAACAUAGUUAAAUUGAUAUCUGUAAUAAGAGCAGAUAACAAUAAAGAUUUAUAUAUGGUUUUUGAAUAUAUGGAGACAGAUUUGCAUAGAGUAAGAAUAAUUUAAAUGUUAAAUAGGUUAUUAGAGCAGAACUAUUAAACAAUAUGCAUAUAUAAUAUGUUAUGUAUUAGAUUCUCAAAUGUCUCAAAUAUAUACAUUCUGGACAAUUAGUUCAUAGAGAUUUGAAACCAGCUAAUAUAUUGAUAAAUGCAGAUUGUCAUAUUAAAGUAGCUGAUUUUGGAUUAUCAAGAUGUCUAUCUGAAACAGAAAAUAAUAAUGGUUUUAAAAUAUAUAUUUUUUCAGAAGCACCAAUAAUGACAGAAUAUGUAGCAACUCGAUGGUAUAGGGCUCCUGAAAUAUUAUUUGGAUCUCAUUAUUAUUCUACUGCAGUUGAUAUGUGGAGUGUUGGUUGUAUUUUAGGAGAAAUGAUAUUAGGUAAAGCAUGUUUUGCAGGUAUGGAUUACUCUAUAUCAAAGGAACAUCAACUUUAGAUUAAAUUGAUAAAAUUAUCUAAUUAAUUGGAAAACCAUCUACAUCUGAUUUAGAAUCAAUCAAUGCUCCUAUGGGUUAUCAGAUUAUAGAACAAAUGGAUACCAAAAAGUCAUUCAGUUAUCAUUAGUUUUUUCCUAAAGCUAAUGAUCUUUAAAUAGAUUUUAUAAAGUAUCUAUAAAAAUGAAAUAGAAAAUUGUUAGUCUACAAUCCUAAUAAAAGAUUAACUGCAGAACAAGCUUUAGAUCAUCCUUAUCUUAAAGAUUUUAGACAAACUGAACCUGAAAUUCUUUUAGAUUAAUAUAUAACUAUACCAUUUAAUGAUAACAAAAAACUCAAACUUUAAGAUUAUAGGGAUGCUUUAUAUAAAGGUCUUAUUACUAAAAAAUCUAAUAAUUUAAUUAGCAUCAAUUAUUCUAGUUAUUAAACUAAUAAACAAAGUCGAAAUGAACCCAAUCCUAAUAGUAUUGUAGUUAAAUCUGAUACUGAAUAAUACAUCUACAAAUAACCAGCUAAUUAACAAUAAUAAACCAGAUGCAAAUCUAGAUUAGAUUAAAGAAGUCAAUCAGUAUCUAAAAAAAUAGCAUAGACUUAAUAUUUUAAUUCAUAAGAUAUAAUGAGAAUAUAAAGACAAACUGAUAAAUCCAAAUCUUUUCAUAUUGAUGAAGAAGUAUAUAUAUAUUUAUUAAUUUAGAUGCCAACUGUUCAUAAAUCAAUUACUAAAUAAUAAUUACUCGAACAAUAAGUUCCUACUACUACUCAUUAAAAAUAGUAAGAAAAAUCAUAUAAUCGAAUGAGACCUUCAAAUGGCAGCAAGUUUUCAGAAAGCAAAGAAAAUUCAAGAAUUAAUUCUGUAGAAGGAACUAUUAAUAAUCAACUCCUCGCUUAAGCAUAAUAUAAUUUUCAUAAGAAAUUAUCAAAAAAAAAAUAAGUUUGUGAAAUCUAUGGGUAAAUUCACUUUAAAAUUAUAUUAGAUAACCUCAUACAGGCUAAUAAAAUUCUAAACCUAAGUAACCCAUUAAAAAAUCUAAGACUCCAGAUCUCAAAAAUUAUUAAAUGGCACAUUCUAGAAGUCUAUCUUAAAAUAAAAAUAUUUCAGUUUCAAGAAGUAGUAGUAAACCUAAAACUCGAGGGAGUCCGUAUCAUUCUGAAGGAAAAGUCUUAAUAAGUCAACCUGAUAUGAGUGGCUCUUUUUCUAAAAGCUUUUAUAAUUUUAAUAAUUUAGGUAAAUAUUCUCAAUACUCUCUAGUCAACUCUAAUUUGCCUUUGUAUGCAAAAAUCUUGUCUAAACAUCAAAACAUUGUUAAAUUCAAUUAAUAGAAAAUACGCUACGAAUCAUUAAAGAAAUGA